AUGUCCGGCGCUGUGGGCCGAGAGGCAGUAUUCCCAACUCGCCAAUCAUUGGGGUUGAUGAAGAACAAGCUCAAGGGGGCGGAAAUUGGCCAUAGUUUACUAAAGAGAAAGAGUGAAGCUCUAACAAAGCGUUUCCGAGACAUCACACGUCGCAUCGAUGAAGCCAAACAAAAGAUGGGUCGGGUCAUGCAGAUUGCUGCCUUCUCGCUAGCGGAAGUGAGCUACGCGGUAGGCGGAGAUAUCGGCUACCAAAUCCAGGAGUCCGCCAAGCAGGCUCGUUUCCGCGUGCGAACCAAGCAAGAGAACAUUUCCGGUGUUCUUCUGCCUACAUUUGAAAGCUACACCCAGGAGGGCGUCAAUGACUUUGGUCUGACAGGUCUAGGAAAGGGAGGACAGCAGAUCCAACGCUGUCGGGAGACAUACGCACGGGCCGUAGAGACAUUGGUGGAACUGGCGAGCUUACAGACUGCUUUCUUGAUUCUCGAUGAGGUGAUCAAGGUUGUCAACCGAAGAGUAAAUGCAAUCGAGCAUGUUAUCAUUCCUCGAACCGAGAACACUAUCAAAUACAUCAACUCCGAACUCGAUGAGCUCGACCGAGAGGAAUUCUACCGCCUGAAGAAGGUUUCAGGCAAGAAGAAGAGGGAUGUUGCUGCUGCAGACGCUGAGAUUCUCGCGGCCCGGCAAAAGGCAGAGCAAGAGCAAGCGGCAAACCCCAAGGCACCUGCUGCUACUUCUACUGCUAUCUUUGCGAAGGAGGAAGAGACGGCAGACGUUCUUGGCGAGCAGGAAGACAACGAUGUCAUCUUCUAG